CACAUAACUCAGGCACCGAGCUGUGGCUAUUUACUCGAUCUUAUCAUGUCUCGGGACUGUGGGUAUCCUGAAUCAUUAUCUACCCCUUGAUCUUACCUCUCACCAACAUACCGUCCUUGCUGCAGCAACAGCUAUGUCUUGCUUGAGCGGGCUCCGUCUCAAGCACCGUUUCGAGCGAUCCUCACUUCCAAACAUAACCAAUGCCGCCAGAACCCCGUGGAAAUCGAUAGGGCCCGCCAAUGAGCAUUUACUGUCAGAGCUGGAAAGUCUGUACUGGUAUGGCGUGAAACUCGAACUAGAAAACAUCAUACGCACUUUAAAUAUCUGGCAACAACCAGAGUUCACAGACGUGACAGUGGAAGAUGAGCACGACAAUGAAGUACACGGCUUUGAGACGUUCAUCGACCAAGUCAGUCAGGAGACGCGCGCGUUCGCGAGGCGAUAUGGAGAUGAUAAAGCCGCAAAGGCAGCCAGCCAGAAAAAGACCUUGUUCUCUACUAUGAGCAAUACUGAAGUCAAGGAGGCUUUACUGAAGGCGCAAGCCGAGCAGACUGAAUAUCAGCGCAGCAAUAUUGAAACUAAGAACGAAGUUCGGAGGAAUACAGAAAACAUUGUAUCAUCUUCCGCUAUUCAAGAGCGAGCACGUAUCCUCCUACAAGCAGUGGGAUUCCUCGAUAUGGACAAAUUGAUCGAGCACCGUCCACCGUUGGAAGACCUUGGCUUCUGGGCACGACCUGCCAUUCCUCAACUCACUUUUUCUGGCUUUGACGGCAACUGGAAUGCCCAAUUCGAGCCUCUGAAGUGCUCAGAUUGCACCAGCAUUAUCCGAGGUAGUAUGUUUACCAAGGAUGUGAAACUGGAUCCUGCGAAUCAACGAACCGUGUGCGAGGACUGCUACCGAAGAAGCGAUUUUGGCAGAGAACAAUAUACCAAAGUAUACAAGCAUUGCAUCCUCGCGGAAACCAUUACUCCUGAAUUGAGCCGAAAUUUGUGUCGUUGUUUACACAUCUCUCGCCUUGACAGCAAAGGACUUCCGCGUGGCUUUUUUCCCAUCUCAAAAGAAGACAACCACGUCUCAGCCCCCUUCACUAAGAGAUGCAAGAUACUAGAACUCAAUACUCGAGUCGCCCUUGCGAAGUAUGAUGGUCUACAGUCUACAGUCCGCGACCACAUGGAAGAAGACAAGAAACCCCAUGGGUCAGGGCCAAAAGUGAAUGGGCGGGCCCGAGAUGGGGAGCAUAAGCCACCCAAGAAAGUGACGCUGAGAAAAGACCCCAAGGCGGCGCAGCUACCCUUACGGACAGACUCGGGAAAGAGGAAUUCCCUCGCACAUGACCAGGACUCGAACAUCGCUUCAGCGAAGGAAGCCAGAGCGGAUGAUGAUAUCCCCCUUUUCUUCCGUCAAUUUGCCCAGCAGUACCCUUUCGGCAAUGUUCACAUGGCUUUACGGGUUGGGCCUCUGGUCAUAGAAAAUGGGGUUGCACAUACCAAGAAAGGCGCCUUGGUUACGAUUCGAGAGCUGCCUAUAUUCCAGGAGAAGCCUAGUUCUGGAAGCCUAACCUCCCGCCAUCCUAGUUUGGCUAUCGGCGGCGAGCCUAAUAGGCGCCUUUGGCGGCAGCAGCGCCCAGUUGGGAAUCCCAAAAGAUACAAAGCUAUCAUGAAGCAGGUGGUCGGGGUGCCAUUCACGAGUGCUCUUUCUGGAUCUUCUCAUGCGGAGCAAGAGUCUGAGAUUAUAUGGCUCAUCGUGGCGGCUAGUCGUGGAUAUUUCGACCAUCCGGGGCUCCCCGCCAAAGACCAGCGUAAAAGGCUUGAUGCUGCGCUGCAACAGAUAAUGGACAAGCUCAAAGCUCUUCUUGAGCCAAGGGCCAAUGUCUAUUUGCAGAGGAUUGCGCAGAAAUUACUCGAUCCAAAUACCACCAUCACCUGGAGCGCGAUCAGUAACAAUUGCCAGACUUUCUGCAACUCCCUCAUUGACAUGAGCACUUUUGAGCCUCUUUUCGACACAACUUCGGCAUGUCAAAAUGCGAGCGCCGCAUCACCGCUGUAUCUUAUGAGCUUCGUGUGUCCGCAGGAGGGCUAUCUACGGAAUCGGGUCCGCACGAAGUACGAUGUUCCCAGCGGACUGACUGAAGAGUAUCUUCUUCGCUUUCACUUUGGUCGACACGAUGAGGCCGAUGUCCUCGACACGCUUCAGGAGUACUGGUACGACUGGGGUGCAUUUGGCGGUACAUUGUACAAGUAUCAGGAUCUCUUUCCCUGGGAUUGCACCGAAGCAUAUCAGCAACGACACCCCAAGUUCUGCGGCUCUUGCAAUCUCGCUAAGCACAUAUGGGCAUUCCCAUUCGAUGCUUGGUCGAUAAUUGCGCUGCACCUUCACCGGACCCCGCAGAUGUACGCCACGGCGAAUUCAGGCAGUUGGGGAAAGAAUGAUGGGUCUUGGAUGCGCGACCGUCUUACCGUGCUCACAGCUCUUUCUUUUCUGAAUCGAGGGGCGGCAGCCAUGGCUAAGAGCAAGAAAUUUGUGCAGGGGACUCGAUGGCUGCACUCUGCGGAGAAGGGCCUCCGACAGGCAGACCCUUCACUCACCAGGGUGAAAUUGGGAGGGAUUCAUCGAGCUCAGCCAUAUAGCCAUUAUUACGAGGCUGGAACUUACAGUCAUUACUUCCUCGCCAAGUGGGCAUCACGGCCGCGAGCCGAGCAGAUUGAGGAAUAUGAAGUGUUACGCAAUGAGCGGGCUAGGAGAUCAGAUUUCGGUGGCUCCGCUGGCGGGAGAUUCUCCUUACCCGGCGAUAGUACUGCGGAGAAUGAGCCAGCCGGUGGAAAAUUCUGGGGCUUCGAGGGCGUUCUGUACGAUAUCGAGCGCUUACAUGGCAAUGAUACUUGCCGUGGCAGCGGGAAUGACGCCUCUGCUCACCCCACCCAUGACGAUGAAGACCCCGACUCUCGGUUCCAACCUAGCUCGGAUCUGGGGGGGGAGGCACACCCGUCGCAUUCUUCCAAUGGUGUCUCCGCAAUCAAUGACAACAAGUAUGACGAUAGCCAAAACACUGCUGGGGCUCCUGCUGGGCCUGCCAAAGAUAAUCAGUCAUCUCGGCAAGACCACCGGGACACGGCCCACUGGGAUACCAUCCAUCCAGGCAAGAUCUCUGACGGAGCUGGCCAUGGACGAGAUACUCAGUCAAGCACUCAGAGCGCAGAUAAGGCCGAAAUCCGGUCAGCGGAUGCUCAGGACGACUCAUCCAAGAAGAACCAGUCUGGUGUUGACGACGGUGGGCUCCGAGCCUCCUACCGGUACGGUUCAGAUUUCACCUCAUGGAAGGGUCACUCCAAGUACCAACAUCCCGGCCAUGUUGAACACUCCUGGAAGACCAAUUCUAGCGGGGGACGAUCCGCUGGAAAACGAGGGGGGCAUGCUGAUUCCGAGCACAGCACGUCGAGUUUGGCUUCCUCCGGGUACGGCCAUUCAGGUGAUACGGGCGGCAGCCACUCGACAUCAGGUGGAGGGAGGUCCAGUUCCUAUGGGGGAGGCCGUUCAUCAAGUGGUGGUGGCUAUCAAGGAGGCUGGGUCGAGUCUCUCAUCAACUCCAACAGCGGGAGCAGCCAUCACGGUAGCAGUUCGACUAGCUCAUACGGCGGGAGUAAUUCUUACAGUGGCAGCUCUGGGGGAGGAAGCAGCUCGUAUAGCAGUGGUUCGAGCAGUUCUUAUGACAGUGGCUCGAGCAGUUCUUAUGGAGGAAGCAGCUCGUACGAUAGCGGCAGCUCGUACAGCUCUAGCUGGAACUGAAUGCCGAUCCCUUGCAUCAAACCUUCGGUGAGUGGUAUGUGGUUGUCAAGGAGCGAAGCUCUCAAUAUCUAAUCGGUAUGUGUAUGUAGUCAGAAGCUAUAACGUG